AUGGACAGCUCUCCCGCCUCGCCUUUGGCCCCCAGGGAUCCCAGCUCCCCUGAAUCUUCGAUCGGCGAACAAAUCGCCACUCUACAGGCCCAGCUUGCCGCUCUGCAGGCCUCGCAACCCGCCGCCGCCGCAGCCGCCGCACCCCCGGCCGUCACCGUCGUGCCGGGGAACGCCGCCACCGCGCCUUCAUCGCCACAGACGACGACGACCCCACCCUCGACGCCAUCGAGCCCGUCAAAUCGAUCACUAGCGACCCCCAGACCUGGCGCGAAGCAAUGUCCAGCGACGAGCACAACAUCUGGGCUGAGGCCGCCGCCGCCGAGUUCACCGCCAUGCGCGACGACUUCAAGGUGUUCACCAUCGAGCCUCGCUCAUCUGUACCGCCGGGCGCCACCAUCGUCACCUCCAAAUUCGUCUGGAAGACCAAGCGCAACGCAAGCGGUGAAGUCACGGGGCGGAAGGCACGUCUUGUAGCGCAGGGUAACCGACAGCGCGACGGCAUCGACUUCUCAGAAACCUUCGCACCCGUCGCCCGUUUCUCCUCCAUUCGCUGCCUCCUGGCUCUUGCCGCUGCCAAUGGCUACCACGUUCAUCAGGCCGACAUCGACAAGGCUUACCUCCACGGCGAGCUCGAUCAUGAUAUCUGGAUGACGACACCACGCGGUUUCGACUUCCCGAGCGAUAAGGUUCUCCGGCUGCGACGCUCAAUCUACGGUCUCAAGCAGGCCGGUCGCAUCUGGAAUCGUCACAUUGACACAUCACUCAGGAAUCUGGGGUACAAGGCAACAGGCACUGAUCACUGCAUUUACUCUCGCAUUGACGAUCAGCAGCGGCCUCACUAUAUCGCCUUGUAUGUCGACGACCUCCUCAUUGUCAGUCCAGCCCUCGACGAGAUCGAACGUGUCAUCUCCGGCCUUGAACAGCGGUACGGCGUCAAACGACUCGGCCCCGCGGAGUACAUCCUCGGAAUCCAAAUACGCCGCCUGGACGACGGUUCCAUUGCUCUAUCCCAGGAGCGCUACAUCAUGGACGUGCUGGCCCGUUUCCACUUCGACACCACGACACGCGGCACUACGGUGCCGAUGACGCCCGGCCUCUCGCUCACGGCAAUUCCGGGUCAGGGAACGGAGCGCAUUCGUUCGUGGUACCUACAGGCCAUCGGCUCCCUCCUCUACAUCUCCCUUGGCACUCGACCCGACAUUGCCUUCGCCGUCUCGUACCUGUCCCGGUUCGCCAACAACCCCGGCCGCCGCCAUUGGAUUGCCGUCAAACACGUCCUUCGCUACCUUCGCGCCACGUACCGCGAUGAGCUUCUCUAUGCCCGCGGCCCAGCAAAAGUCACGGGUGUGGUUGGUUAUUCUGAUGCGAACUGGGGCGCCUGCGUCGACACAUCCAUUUCAACGAUGGGCUACGUAUUUUACUUGGCAGGCGCCGCUGUCUCUUGGUCGUCGAAGCGUCAGACUCGGGUAGCGGAUUCCACCACUGAUGCCGAGUACCUGGCCUUGUCGCACGCGGGUAAGGAAGCGAUCUACCUUAACCAACUCCUCUCCGAGCUCCACGUUUGCCCAAUCGCUGCAGCUCACAUCUUCACCGACAACGAGGCCGCGGCCGCCGUCGCUCACGACCCCGUUCGCACCUCCGGCACCCGGCACAUUCGCCUCCGCGAGCAUUUUGUCCGUGACAUGGUCAAUCGAGGUGAUAUCUCUCUCUCACACGUUGGCACAGCAGACAUGGUUGCGGACGUAUUCACCAAAGCGCUAGGCCCCAAGAUUUUUGGUACACAUUGCUAUGCUCUAGGCCUCCGGACGCGACAUCCACGGCUCAAGUCUACCUCGCGUUCGCGUGGGGGGGGGUGUGAGGAAUCCACUCUCCGCUCGGCUCAGGACUUAGGCGCGCGGAGCGAACCGGGCGCGGACUUAGGCGCGCGGAGUGAGCCGGGCGCCCCGGCCCAGGACUUAGGCGCGCGAAGCGAGCCUGGGACUUAG